ACCCUUCAAUUUUCCAAUAAAUCUCUUCCUCUCUAAAAUACACCUUUGUUAUUUAAACUAGUAAGCGAAAAGAUUCUUACACCAAACUCCAAAAAACUUAACUUGGAAUCCCUCCAACUGUAGACCGUUGCAAAGUCCACUCUCGCUCACACCACACGUCCUCCCCGUUUCCUUGUCUACCUCUCCCUCUUUCUUUCUUUCUUUUCUGUCUGAUUCUUUCUUAUUCUCAACAAGGAUUGAUCAUAAACCAAACCAGCUUUGUAGCUAGUCUUGUAUGAAUAUUCUUUCUUGAUCAUCAUGGCGAUGAUCACUUGCAUGACUGCUUCUCUGAAGAAACUCGUGUCUUUGUUUCUUGUAAUAACAUUUAUAGGGAAGAGUUGUGUGUUUGGUCAUUUUGUGGUAGAGAAGAGUAACAUAAGAGUGCUUUCUCCUCUGAGUUUGAUAUCAAAACAUGACAGUGCAAUAGGUAACUUUGGUAUACCAGAUUAUGGUGGCUACUUGGUUGGUUCUGUUGUGUAUCCAGAUAAAGGAGCUUAUGGUUGUCAGGCUUUUGAUGGUGGUAAACCCUUCAAGUCUAAAGGCUCUCGCCCAACUGUCCUACUUCUUGACCGUGGAGAGUGUUACUUUGCCUUGAAAGCAUGGAAUGCUCAACAAGCUGGAGCUGCAGCAGUGCUCGUGGCCGAUAACAUAGACGAGACUCUAAUAACCAUGGAUUCUCCAGAGGUGAGCAAUGACGCUGACGGGUAUGUAGAGAAGAUUGGAAUCCCAUCAGCUUUCAUAGAGAAGUCAUUUGGAGAGAGCUUAAAGGAAGCCUUGAAGAAUAAAGAAGACGUGGUCAUAAAAUUGGACUGGAGAGAGUCAGUGCCCCAUCCUGAUCAGAGAGUUGAGUAUGAGCUUUGGACGAACAGCAAUGACGAAUGUGGUGCUCGAUGUGAUGAGCAGAUGGAUUUUGUGAAGAAUUUCAAAGGUCAUGCUCAGAUCCUCGAAAGAGGGGGAUACACUCUAUUCACUCCACACUAUAUUACUUGGUAUUGUCCUCAGGCUUUCAUUCUUAGCAGUCAAUGCAAAUCUCAGUGCAUAAACCAUGGAAGAUACUGUGCUCCUGAUCCAGAACAGGAUUUUGGGGUGGGAUAUCAGGGGAAGGACGUGGUAUUUGAGAACUUGAGGCAGCUUUGUGUCCAUAGAGUUGCUAAUGAGAGUGGAAGGUCUUGGGUUUGGUGGGAUUAUGUGACAGAUUUCCAUUUCAGGUGUUCCAUGAAGAACAAGAGAUAUAGCAAAGAAUGUGCUGAAGAUGUUUUGAAAUCACUUGAUUUGCCUGUUGAGAAGAUCAAAAAAUGCAUGGGUGAUCCUGAAGCUGAUGUGGAGAAUGAAGUGCUCAGUAUUGAGCAGGAACUGCAGGUAGGACGAGGAUCUCGUGGUGACGUUUCCAUCUUGCCAACAUUGGUGAUUAAUAAUGUUCAAUACCGAGGAAAAUUGGAGAGGACUGCGGUGCUGAAGGCCAUAUGUUCUGGAUUUAAGGAGACCACUGAUCCUCCAGUUUGUUUAAGUUCUGAACUUGAGACUAACGAGUGUCUCGAAAGGAAUGGAGGCUGUUGGCAGGACAGAGAAUCUAACACGACCGCUUGCAAGGACACAUUUCGGGGAAGGGUGUGUGAAUGUCCAGUUGUGAAUGGUGUUCAGUUUGCAGGAGAUGGUUAUGUGUCUUGUACAGCUAUUGGACCUGGAAGGUGUGCAAUAAACAACGGAGGAUGCUGGUCAGAAACAAGACAUGGAUUAAGUUUCUCAGCUUGCUCAAACUCCCUGCUAUCUGGUUGCCAAUGCCCACAAGGGUUUCGAGGGGAUGGUCACACAUGCGAAGAUAUUGAUGAAUGUACCGCGCACACUGCUUGCCAAUGUGAUGGUUGCUCCUGUAAGAAUAAGUGGGGUGAAUAUGAGUGCAAAUGUAAGGGGAACCUCAUUUAUAUAAAGGAGCAAGAUGCUUGUAUUGAAAGAAGCGGAUCCAAAUUUGGAUGGUUCCUCACCCUUGUGAUCCUUGCUGUUGUGACUGGAGCUGGCAUUGCUGGUUAUAUAUUCUACAAAUACAGGCUUCGGUCUUACAUGGACUCGGAGAUUAUGGCUAUCAUGUCGCAAUACAUGCCACUUGACAACAACCAGAACAAUGAAGCUUCAACCGAAGCCCAGCCACUACGGCAUGGCACAAUGGUGUAAGAUACAAGAACUAAAGCAAUCAGUCUUGCGAAGAAUGAUACCAUUAGAAGGGCGGAUAAUGUUGCUACUGGAUGUAAAUUUUCAUAACAAAUGGCAGCUCUUAUACACAGCAGAGAGAAGUCCAGUUCUCCUGCUACCAUACGGUUUUAGAACAAUACUCUUUUUCAUUUUUAUAGAAGAAUCUGGUGAUUUUUUCCUACUGUACAGAAAAAUAGCUGAGAUCAUGAACAUGUUGCUCCAAAGAUGAAUAAGAACACGUAAAGGUGACUAAUACAUAUACGAUGAAAAGAAUAAAUAGAUGAAGGAUGUGUAAAAAUGAGAUGCUGCUCUGUAUUAAGAACUUUAAGACCCUUCAACAGUUGCUAUGUGCAGAGCAUAGUUGAUGCCGUGUAAAGGAAAGUUCUGUAGUCUAUAAAUUAAUAGGGACUAUAUUUUGCCAUUUGCCA